AUGUGCGUGCCCAAGGACACGGCGGGCGCUGAGAGCUGGACGCAGACGCGACCACAGAUACCAGGAGUGUUGGUAGCACCGAGGGCAGCGCGUGUGCGAUCAGAGACUUCGAAAGCUACUGCAGCGGGUGCGUGGCUAAGGACACGGAUGUCGCUGCGGACGAGUGAGACGUGUGUGCCAAGUAUACAACGAGCGUCGGCAGCCAGGGCAGUAGAGGCCGCGAGUCUCAACACUAAGUGCAGCCUGUUUGUGGUCAAGUACACGGCGAGACUCGAGAAGAAGUUGAACCCAGGCGUGGCCCCGGACGUAACAAUCUGCGGCAGCAAGUGCUUCGUGUCCUUGGAACAACAGGCUGCACUUAGUGUUGAGACUCGCGGCCUCUCUGGUCACACACGCGAUGAACUUGUUCUCAACGCUCCUCGUGUACUAGGUCACGCACACACUGCCCUGGCUGCCGACGCUCGUUGUAUACUUGGCACACACGUCUCUCUUGUCCGCAGCGACAACCGUGUCCUUAGCCACGCACCCGCUGCAGUAGUUUUCGAAGUCUCUGAUCGCACACGCGCUGCCCUCGGUGCUACCAACACUCCUGGUAUCUGUGGUCGCGUCUGCGUCCAGCUCUCAGCGCCCGCCGUGUCCUUGGGCACACACAUGCCACACUUGUUCUCAGCUCUCGUCGUGGGCUUGGCCACCUCUGAGUUGCGCUCGGUUUUGAAGCCUGCGGUGUCCGUGACCACGCACCUGCCGCCACUUGCCGCCGCCGCUUCUGGUGUCUGUGGUCGCGUCUGCGUCCAACUUAUUCUUAGCGCUCGCUUUGUUGCUUACCUCCCUUCGUUGCACUUGGGGCCGAUUCUCACUCUGUAUCUGGUGGAGCUCACGCUGUUGAAGAUCUUCGUGUCCAGAAUCACGCUCGUACUGCACAUGAGUCAACGCACGCGAUGGCCUUGA